ACACGAGCUUCUUAUGCCGGUCAAAUCAACUUCACGAUAAUACUACGAUAACUGUUAUCUGUUAUACGGAGACGUGGGCAUUACGUAUGUCAUUCAUGACAUCAUAAGUUUUCGGAGGCCUAUCUUAUCAAUUAAAGCGACCUAGCAUCCCGGUAACUGGCAAGUUGAUAAGGCAGAAGAUGCAGGGCAACUUCAUAAAAGUUGGAGAGGGGAAAAGCGGGGUGAUUAGGUGAUGCCAUGUUCUAGAAGUCCAACUAAAGAAGAAGAAGAAAAAAAAAAAAAGAGAGACACGUGAGUUACAGCAGAAUAGGUACUCAAGGGUUCAUCAUGAAAGUCCGCUAUUAUAGCGCAGCGGAACUACGACGCAUUUCUACUUCUUUACAGCCCCUCGUCAAUCCUCAAUCUUCCACCUCUUUAUUCCGAACUCGGCUCUCGCCGCCGGCAUCUCUCAAAACUCCCGUUCGACAACAAUAUGGCGCACGAUCACUGCAUUCGCAGCCUCCCAGGCGUGUUAGCACAAGACAGGGCGAAGCUUCCAACCCUCCUAUGGCAUUCCCGUGCCUCGAUGCGAUAGAGACACGAUCGGCGAUGCUCGAGGCAAAAUCGGUAUCGUCAGGACCGGAACCUAUAUAUACCACCGGGGCGACCGAGAUAUUUCACUGUAAAGAUCCUCUCUCGUUAGACUGGGGUGGUUUACUUCCUGAGUUCGACAUCGCAUACGAGACGUGGGGGAAAAUGAACUCGGACAGGUCCAAUGUGAUAUUAUUGCAUACGGGCUUAUCUGCUUCGUCGCAUGCCCAUUCUACCGAGAGCAACCCUCAACCUGGAUGGUGGGAAAAGUUCAUCGGACCAGGAGGGUGUAUAGACACGGACAAGUACUUCGUCAUCUGUACAAAUGUCAUCGGAGGUUGUUUCGGAUCCACCGGUCCAAGUAGCAUCGAUCCUGCUGAUGGCCAAAGAUAUGCCACUCGAUUUCCAAUACUUACCUUGGAGGAUAUGGUCAGAGCACAGUUCCGGUUACUAGAUCACCUGGGCGUCGAGAAGCUAUACGCAAGCGUCGGAUCAAGUAUGGGAGGAAUGCAGUCUUUAGCAGCUGGCGUGUUAUUUCCUUCGAGGGUGAGCCGCAUAGUAUCUAUCAGCGGCUGCGCACGAAGCCAUCCCUACAGCGUUGCGAUGCGCCAUACUCAGCGCCAGGUGCUCAUGAUGGACCCCAAUUGGAAUCGCGGGUUUUACUACGGUAAAGUCCCUCCGCACGCCGGGAUGAAGCUGGCUAGAGAAAUCGCCACGGUGACAUAUCGAUCCGGGCCCGAAUGGGAGCAACGGUUUGGCCGUAGGAGAGCUGACCCGACAAAACCGCCCGCCUUGUGUCCAGACUUCUUAAUAGAAACAUAUUUAGACCAUGCAGGCGAGAAGUUUUGUCUGACGUACGACCCUAACAGUCUACUAUACGUCAGCAAGGCUAUGGAUCUGUUUGACUUGGGUAUUGAAACUCAACAAGCGACAAUCAAGAGACGGGCGGAGCGAGAGAAACUUAUUCAAUCCGGUUCAUCCCCCGAAGCGAACGACCUGCAUUGUAGUCUCACAUUACCCGAUCGGCCGUAUUCCGAGCAGCCCGGAGCAUAUGAGGACAACACCAGCCUAUCCUUACCAGGGGACUCCCGUCCCCCGCAAGACUUGAUCGAGGGUCUAUCGCCGUUGAGAGACACUCCGACUCUAGUGAUGGGUGUGGCUAGCGAUAUCUUGUUCCCCGCUUGGCAACAGCGAGAAGUCGCUAACGCUAUUCGUCUUACUGGCAAUAGAAACGUAGCGCACGUAGAGCUAAGUGAAGAACAGUCUCUAUUUGGCCACGACACGUUCUUGCUAGAUCUAAAAAAUGUCGGGGGGAAUAUCAAAAACUUCCUAGGCUAGGAUCGGAACUUAGGUUCGGCAUUUGUAUAUCGUGGCGCAGAAGUGUCCAAAACAUCACCACAACCACGGUGUUACACCACGUCUGCC